AUGACAACGAACGUGUGGGUGGAACAGGAAUGGAAUGAUUAUAAGCUCAAAUGGAAUCCUGACGACUAUGGUGGUGUGGAUACGUUGCAUGUGCCUUCAGAACAUAUAUGGCUGCCAGAUAUAGUAUUAUAUAAUAACGCCGAUGGCAACUACGAGGUGACCAUAAUGACGAAAGCGAUUCUUCAUCACGACGGCAAAGUCGUUUGGAAGCCGCCUGCCAUUUACAAAUCGUUCUGCGAGAUUGACGUCGAGUAUUUUCCCUUCGAUGAGCAGACGUGUUUCAUGAAGUUUGGCUCGUGGAGUUACGAUGGAUACACGGUGGAUUUGAGGCAUUUAAAGCAGACGCCGGACUCAGACCACAUAGGAAUGGGAAUCGACUUAUCGGAGUACUAUAUUUCUGUAGAAUGGGAUAUCAUGCGAGUACCGGCCACUCGGAAUGAAAAAUUCUAUUCAUGCUGCGAAGAGCCCUAUCCAGACAUUAUUUUCAAUCUCACGCUCAGGAGAAAAACUCUCUUCUACACAGUCAAUCUUAUCAUCCCUUGUGUGGGAAUAUCGUUCCUCUCAGUCCUCGUCUUCUACUUACCUUCAGACUCUGGAGAGAAGAUCUCGCUCUGUAUCUCCAUUUUGCUGUCGCUCACCGUGUUCUUCCUGCUAUUAGCAGAAAUCAUCCCGCCGACGUCUCUCACAGUUCCCUUGCUAGGCAAAUAUCUAUUAUUCACUAUGAUGCUAGUCACAUUAUCAGUAGUGGUCACUAUCGUGGUGCUAAAUGUAAAUUUUAGGUCUCCAGUAACUCACAAUAUGGCUCCUUGGGUUCGCAAAGUCUUCAUAGAUUUUUUACCUAAAAUAUUGUGCAUACAAAGGCCAGAAAAACCGCCCGACGACGAGGACGACGAUAAUGACAAACCUACCGAGGUGCUGACUGAUGUCUUUGGCGGGGACGAUAUGGACGGGAAAUUUAAAGAGUGGGCCUGUGAAGAGUACGAGCUACCAGGCAUGCCUCCUUCUCCUCCUCCUCCGCCAGGUGGUGACGAUGAACUGUUUUCUCCCCCACCUGGGUCCCCUUGCCGCUUGGACUUGGACGAUGGUAGUCCAUCGUUAGAAAAACCGUUCGUUAGAGAAAUGGAAAAAACCAUAGAAGGAUCUAGGUUUAUCGCUCAACAUGUUAAAAAUAAAGACAAGUUCGAAAGCGUGGAAGAUGACUGGAAAUAUGUAGCAAUGGUUUUAGAUAGAAUCUUCCUAUUCGCGUUUACGAUAGCCUGUGUUGUCGGCACAGCCCUCAUUAUAUUCAGGGCGCCGACUUUUUACGACAACACGAAACCGAUAGACAUUCUAUAUUCAAAGAUCGCAAAGAAGAAAUUGGAAUUGCUCAAGAUGGGCUCAGAAGGCGACCCGGGUCUCUGA